GGAUGGAAGUUGUCACGUGGGCGCCACUGUCUUUCUAAUCCUGUCAUAUUCAAGUCGUAAUUUAGCUCCAUUUAUUUUAGAUUUAUCUCGCUAUCGACAGCUGAUUUAAGUGUUUCAUUGACAAGACAACAUUGAGAUAUAAUGAAUACAGACACCGAUUACACGAUUUGUAACUUGGAUGCACAUCCCUACGUCAAUGGGUAUACGACAUCAGAAAUCCCUAACACGAUCUACGGAUACAAUAACAACAUCAACGCACGUGCGAUUGACACUGGACAACAGAAUUAUUACGGGUCAGAAAAUAUGCUUCCCCCUGGACUUUCAGGGGUCGAUCUUUCUCUCGGAAACCAGGGAUUAACCUACCAAGUGAACACGCCGGUCGUACCGCGAACCACGAGGCAUCAGGGUUAUGAGUUGGGGGACACACAGACCCAUGUUGUAGAUCACUAUAUUCCUUCCCACGCGGCUCUGGCGGGGGACCUCGGAUCCGGACAAACUAUAAACUCUGGUCGCUCAAACUUCGGGACAACGUGUAUUGAUAAUUUGACAUCUUGUUCUCUUUCUAAUGUGUAUGGUGCGACAAUACAUCAACAGGUACCCUCACCAGUUAAAGCGGAGCCCAGUACCGGCCAAAACUUACAAAAUAAACCAUUUAGGUGGAUGCAGAUCAAGAGAAAUGCACCAAAACCAGUAGCGAAAACAGCCAAUGACUAUGGUUACCCUCCCACCCCCGGGACACCUCAGCCUAAUAUGGGUAGGACGAACUUCACAAACAAACAACUUACGGAGCUCGAAAAAGAGUUCCAUUUUAAUAAGUACCUGACACGUGCACGACGAAUCGAGAUCGCUGCGGCGCUUGGACUGAACGAAACUCAAGUGAAAAUCUGGUUCCAAAACAGGCGAAUGAAGCAGAAAAAGCGCCUACGUGAGGCGCAGUUUGAUCAAAAUAGGGGCGAUAACUGCUCACUAAGUGGACUUGAUGGACUUACAAUGACAGCCAUGUCUCUAUGUCAAGAGGGGAGAUAAUCGAUUCCAAAGAUGUUAACCUCCUACAAAGUGUCGUUAUCAUUAAUUAUGUCAAUGGAGUGGAAUAUGAGUGCUAUAUUUAACACUGGUGCAAUAUGUAUAUAAUCUUUGCAUGGUUGUUAUUGGACAAAAUGACAAAAUGGAACAGCCCAUGAUAUGUAUAAAAUGUCUCACAGCUUCAUUCCCGUCUCUGGAGUACCCGAUAAACAACAGUCCCAGAUAUGGUCCCUUUAUGUGAAAAAAUUACUUGCUUUUUGUUUUUCUUUGUCGAAAACAAUCAUUUUUUUUCUACUGUCUAUUGCCCAGACUACAUAUGAUUACAGGGUUUUUAUUUCCGUAUGCACACCAUAAGAAUUAUUCCUAUACGCAAACAAGUUCAUGUUGAUUAUAAAAAUGAUUGCGUAUCUAAUUACUUUUGGAGAGAAUGAAAAGUUGAUCAGUUAAAGACCUAAAGGACGAAAAAAGGUCUUUUAAUUUUAUAUGACUUUAUUGUUUUUAUCUUGAUUUACACUUAUCUAUUUUUCCCCUCAUGUUGCCCAACUAUAAUUUUUCGUUUCAUUAUUGUCAGUUAUACUAGUCAUAUUAUAGGAGGAAUGAAAGCGAUAUUUUUUGUUUGUUUCCUACAAAUAUUAUUGUUUGGGUACCAGCAAUCCCGCCUGGUAUAAUUAGUUUACUCAUGAAUAAAGCAUAAUGUAAUAUAUUUGAUAUAAAAAAUAAUGAGUAGAUUCUAAUCAUUUUGAUGCACUUGAAAAUCGUUAUGUUUAUAUCCAUAUUGUGUUCAAUAUAAUUGCGAUAACAUUCCAGAUUAUAAGCCUAUCAUCUACACGAAGGCAUACGUUUAUAAAAAUAGAUCUUCUUCAUCCUGCAUCUGAAAGAUUCUGAUAAAUAUGCAUUGUGUAUCAAAUCAGUUGUUACAUAUCCCUAUUAUCAUCAAAGUUGAUUUUCGUUUCGGUUUAAUUUUUUUAAUCGAUCAAAUGAUAAAGUUUUAGUUUUUAAAAUUAUGAAUUAUCUGUAACUACUAUGCAUUUGUUAUUAAAUGACUCUUCAAAGUAAGAUGAUUUAAUAAGAUCAGUAGUUAAAAAUUCAAUUUAGGAAUGCUGCAAUUUUAAAAAAUUACAUGUAAUGCUAUUUAAUGAUGGUGGGCGUUCUGUGGAAGCCGAGUUAUGUCGGGAAUGUGAUCAUACAUAACGUUUAACUCAGUGGGUUCCCUAUUAUUUCUUUCAUACAGAUAUUCAACUGCGUUGAAUUUAUAUGAACACUACUUUAUAUGAAUAUUCAGCUCAAAAGGUAGAUAUAUUUAUUGAAUUUUAUGAAAAAACACGAUUAUUUAUAUAUAAGUUUUUGUUUUUCUAUAUCAAUGAUCGAGCAAUAAAACUACUUUGGUGCAAUA